AUGUCGAGGGAUCCUUCGCCACGCAGGGAACGCUCGGCGUCGCCCGCAGACAGCCCGCGCGUGUCGCCUGAGUCCCGCUCGCCUUCACCACCCGCCCGCCGUGUCCGCCCGUCCUCGCCUGGUCCUGCCGGCCGCGAUGGCGCCCCCUCUCUCCCCCGCCUCCAGGAUGUCGACCCUGUCCGCCUGAGGGAGCGCGAACGCCAGAUGCGCGCCAUGCAAGAGGCCGAGGGCUCUCGCGCACCUAUCUCAAUCAAGCCAAAGGUCGACCCGGCUGCCGAGGUCAAGAAGAUGGCCUUGACGAGGGGCGGAGGGACCUACAUCCCGCCGCACAGGCUGCGCGCGAUGAUGGCCGAGCAGGCACAGGACGACCAGGAGGGCGAGGACUACCAGCGGCUGACGUGGGAGGCGCUCAGGAAGAGUAUCAACGGUCUCAUCAACAAGGUCAACACGGCCAACAUCAAGCUCAUCGUGCCGCAGCUGUUCGGCGAGAACCUGAUCCGCGGAAAGGGUCUCUUUGUCCGAUCCGUCAUGCGCGCCCAGGCUUCCUCCCUCCCCUUCACCCCCAUCUUCGCCUCCCUCGUCGCCAUCAUCAACACCAAACUUCCGCAAGUCGGCGAGCUCCUUCUCCACCGCCUCAUCCACCAGUUCCGCCGCAGCUACACGCGAAACGACAAGCCGACCAUGACCGCAACGACCACCUUCCUCGCCCACCUCGUCAACCAGCAGGUCGCGCACGAGGUCCUCGCGCUCCAGAUGCUCGUCCUCCUGCUCGAGCGGCCGACAGACGACUCGGUCGAGAUUGCCGUCUCGUUCAUGCGCGAAGUCGGCGCCUUCCUGGCCGAACAUUCGGCCCGCGCCAACAACGGCAUCUUCGACCGCUUCCGCACGAUCCUGAACGAGAGCGGGAUUGACAAGCGAGUGCAGUACAUGGUCGAGGUACUCUUUCAGGUCCGCAAGGACAAGUACAAGGACAACCCUAUCAUCCCCGAAGGGCUUGACCUUGUCGAGGAGGAGGACAUGAUCACCCACCGCAUCUCGCUCGACGACGAGGUUACGGUGCAGGAGACCCUGAACAUCUUCAAGUUCGAUCCGAACUUCAAGGAGAACGAAGAGGCGUACGCCGAGAUCAAGCGCGAGAUUCUCGGCGACUCGGACGACGAGGAAGGCUCGGGCGACGAGGGCGACACGGAGGAGGGCAGUGACGAGGAAAGCGAGAUUGACGACGGCAUCAAGGCGGACGGCACGGUCGACGUGCACGACCAGACGGGCGCCAACCUCGUCAACCUUCGUCGGACGAUCUACCUGACCAUCAUGUCGGCGCUCGACUUCGAGGAGGCGACGCACAAGCUGCUCAAGCUGGAUAUUGCGCCUGGCCAGGAGGUCGAGCUGUGCAACAUGGUCAUCGAGUGUUGCUCGCAGGAGCGGACGUUCAGCAAGUUCUACGGCCUGAUGGGCGAGCGGUUCUGCAAGAUCAACCAGGUGUGGGCGACGGCGUACGAGCAGUGCUUCGUCAACUACUAUGCCACGAUCCACCGCUACGAGACGAACCGCCUGCGCAACAUCGCCCGCUUCUUCGGCCACCUCCUGAUGACGGACGCCAUGUCGUGGACGGUUCUCGAGGCGGUCAAAAUGAACGAGGACGACACGACGUCGUCGUCGCGUAUCUUCGUCAAGAUCCUGUUUCAGGAAAUGCUCGAGGGCAUGGGUCUCAAGCGCCUCGUCGACCGGUUCAAGGACGAGUCGCUCCAGCCGUACCUCGGCAACGUCUUCCCGAUCGACAACCCGAAGAACACGCGCUUCUCGAUCAACUUCUUCACCGCCAUCGGCCUCGGCGCCAUCACCGAGAACAUGCGCGAGCACCUCAAGAAGAUGCCAGCGCUCCUCCUCGAGCAGCAGCGCCGCGCACAGGUCACGGGCGGCGGAGCAUCGUCUUCCUCCGACUCGGACUCGUCGUCCUCUCUCUCGUCCUCGUCCCUCUCCGAAUCCUCCGACUACUCCUCGGACGACUCGCGCUACCCCCGCCGCAAGUCCUCCCGGCGCUCUCCCUCUCCCCGCCGCGGCCGAUCCCGCUCCCGCUCCUACGACAGCCGCGACCGCUCGCGCGCGAGGUCGUACGACAGUCGCAGCCGCUCACGGUCUCGCACGCCCUCCCGUUCUCCUCCCCCUCUUCGCCGUGGCGGCAGGGACCGCAGCCCUUCGGACUCGCGCUCCCCUCCGCCUCGCAGCACUCGCCGCCGCUCUCCCUCGUACUCCCGCUCUCCUCCUCCCCGUCGCCGCGGUGACUCGCCUCCAAGGCGGCGCGACCAGUCUCCGACGCCACCUCCGCGUGACUCGGCGCCGAAGCGCGACUUCCGUCACCCUGACCGGCGCUUCGACGACGAUGACCGGCGGGAUGGGCCCAGCGGUGGCGGCGGAGGCGGUGGAAGGGAUUUCAGGCAUCCGGAUAGGCGGUUCGAUGGACCUCCGGCUCCGCCCCGUGGUGGCGGCGUCGGGUACGGUCCUCGAGCUGGUGCAGGCGGAGGACGUGAGCGGGACGGAGGAUGGGGAGCAAGGCGGUGA